CUGUUACAUACCUACUUUGUAACCACGACACACCCAUAAACAAUGACACAAUACAUCGUCAAAUCCUACACACAUGUGUCGUUUCUAUGCCCAACUCGACAGAGGGGAAAGCUGUGUAUGCCUACUCCGGAGGACGGUCAGACAGACAUACGGACAGUAGAGUCUUAGUAAAAUGGUUCCGUUAUUACCCUUUAGGUACGGAACCCUAAAAAAUGUGUUAUCUAAUGUAAGGUUUUUUCAGGUGCCGUUUUAGCGUCUCCUUUGAACGACCACCUCCGGGAAGCGAUGACGCAACUUCAUUUAAGUUCCAAUAGCGAUUCCUGCGCGCUUAUCACGGGAAUCCACGCCACUAUAUCCAAGGGAUCCUUCAGCUCAAUCGAAGGUGUUCCUUUAUCAAAGAUAAGAACUGUUUGGGCGCCAGAUGAACCAGACAACAAUCAAAAUGGCGAGGACUGUCUAGUUAUGCUGAAGAAUGGCACCAUGGCAGACGUGCCUUGCACCGAGACAUAUUCUUACGUCUGCUACAGGAAGAAGACCUCAGAAGUGGAGCUCAACGAGUGCGGGACUGUUGACAAUGGGUACAAACUGAACCCAAAAACGGGCAGCUGCUACAAGUUCCAUAAGGACGCGGUGGCUUGGACACACGCGUUCUCCGUGUGCGCGGCCGAGGGGGGCUACCUCGCCAUCAUCAACAGCGAGGAGGAGGCGCAGGAGCUCAAGCUUCUAGUCGACAGUAAUCCACCGGAGACUCUGUCGACUACUAACUCGCUGUCCACGUCCAUCGGUUUCAGAGACUGGUCCGAUCACACUAUGUGGUUGACCGUACAUGAGGACCACGCUGGCCUACGUUGUCACCUUCUAAGUGUGGCCACAAUUCCAACGCGUACAAAGAAAUUUGGUGACUUGUUUCUUUGUCGCACUAUUCGUAAAUGGAAUGCUCUCUGUCCGCUCACGUGUUCUGUCCUUCUUACAACCUGGGAUCCUUUAAAGGAAGCAUUCUCCCUCGAAUGUGUUCGGUAUAAAAUUUUGAUGAAACUUCCAGGUCAAACUCUAGAGGAGGCGGGGUACCCGCGCUGGGCGCCGGACGAGCCGAACAACGUACAGUACGACGCCGUGGGCGGCGAGAACUGCGGCAGCAUCCUACGGUACAUCAAACCUGGCGCCGGCAUGCUCAACGACGUGCCCUGCAACCUACCUCUCGCCUUCAUCUGCGAGAUGAAGCCCGGCUCGCUGAUCAGCCCUACUAACUGUGGUCACUAUUCCGAGGCGUACAAAGAAGUUUGGAGACUCAUUUCUUUGUCGCGCUAUCGUCAAUGGAAUGCUCUGCCCGCUAACGUGUUCCCUCCCUCUUAUUUUAAGAAAGAAAGAAAUAUAUGUAUGAUAAAAGCCGGGGUUCGGCGACUUACCGCAAACGCUCCUUACACCGCCACGGGUACCUAG